GACUCAAUACAGACGUCAAUCGAGCUAAAAUGUUUGUCUCGUUUGGGCUAAGUUGACCGUGACUCGAAACUCGAAAGCAAAUACUUUUGCCUGUAAUUUACGUGUUAAAUAACGAACUAAUCAUUUAAACAACUUAUAGUAAUAACCCCUCAACCAGGGCUACAAACUCAAGUGGAGAGUUCGUGCGAGAAGAUGAGUAUAUUUAAAUUUCACCUUCGUCUUUCUAGGUAUUAGACACACUUUCGACUACAUACAAUAAAAUGGAAGGGCCUUCAGGAGCUUCCAAUAGUGGUGGAGGGUUCAGAAGAUCAAGAGGUGUGAACUGGACAGAAGAAGAGACAGAACAAUUGCUAGAAGCUUGGUCUGAUCGGGAUGUGCAACUCCUUCUUGAAAAUGGUCCACACAACAGGCAGGCUUUUGAACGAGUGUCAUUCAAUCUUGCACAACACCAUAUGGACAAGACCCCAAGCCAGUGUCGUGAGAAGAUAAAGAAAUUGAAAACCAUUUACAGAAAUUUGAAUAAUCGUGGCAAGGUUUCAAGAAAGAUCAGAGGCAAAUUGAUCCAUAAACUUCAUCAAGUUAUGGGUGGAAUCUCCGUUCUACCUGCAACUGAUAAAAGUUCAGAUAUGUCUGCUGCUGUUAAUCAAGAAGAAAUGGAUGGUGCAGAGGUUGAAGGGCAGAGGACAAAUAAUGUUCUGGGUGAUGAAUUUGCUGGGAACAACUUUGGAAUACCAGUAAAAAUCAUCACAAUGGGCUCAGGAGGAGAUUUCCAAGAUGAAGGUGACAGCAGCGUAAGCUCGGAUCCAGAAUCGAUGUCAAGUUCUGACAUGGAUCAUGCCGAAGUUCCUACACAAACCCAAGUUUCAAAAAAUAGAGUCAGAAGUACAAAACUUUCACGAAGAAGAAAAAACAAACGAUCCAAAAGGCUUUCGGCGAUCUACGUUCUUAUUGACAAGGUUAUUGCUGCCCAGUCUGCUGCUAAUGAACGAUUCGCAGCUUUGGAAGAGAGGCGGCUUUUGCUGGACAAGGAGUUGGAAGAGAAGCGCAUAGAAGCCGAGGCCCAUCGACAAGAGGCGCAGCGUCAACACGAAAUCAGGUUGUUGAGCAUGAUGACUCAACAGAUGGCCUGUGUUCUCAAGAGCCUAAACCCGCUGACAUUUACCGGUUCCCGCUGUGAGACUGUCGCCACACCCAUUGAAAUGUCCGCGGGUGGCAAUGGUGGUGGCCCAGGUGGCGGCCCAGGUGGCGAUCCGUCUAAACAGGACGGACCACAGGUCAACGGCACGGGACAGGAACAGGUCAACGGCUGCGGCGUCCGUCCGAACGACUACACGACCGUUUACUCGACCAUGUGACGCCUUUUUUAUUUAUUUAUUUUCUUUUAGAAAUUUAGUCUCUAAAAUAAAGCGUCCAAUAUCCUGGUUACCAUCCCUAGAAGUCAACGUAAUUAAACCAUAAAGAUUUAUGCCAUUCUCUUGGGUCACUGUUGUAAGCAUAUUGCUCGUGUUAUUCAUUGGUAAAUAUAACAAAGUAAUUUUUUUA